UUUUUUUUUUACAUUAAUUAUAAACCAUGUCAUCAAAAUCAACUUUAGGAAAAGGUUAGAAUUUAAACAGCAAUUGUAUAGAUUAGACUUGACAUUUUAUUAAAAAAAAAUAGCUUCAUCAAAAAAACGCAAAAUUGGAGGCUCAUCAGUAGAGGAUCAUUCUCAACCUAAACUUGAUGUAUUUUUAUCUCCCAAGUCAGUAUCACCCAGCAAGGAUAAUUAUAUGGAAAUUGAUAAUAUAGUUCCUAUAAAAAACAUUCAUUUAGGUGCCUUUCAUAAACCAACUUCAGAAUUAUUAGUUACCAUUACAAACAUGAUUCCUACAAGAUUGAACGAAUUAUCCGAUGCAGAAUUUGAAAAGAGUUGGGAAAAACAAAAAGCAUGUAUUCAAGCUAUAUUUUCAACUGAGCAACAUAAGAAUUUUAAUUAUUUGACAACAUCUAGGUUAUGUGAAAGCUGUUGCCGUUUUGGAAAAUCAGAGAAAUUGUAUGAAGCACUUGUAAGAGAAAUUGAACAAUAUACAUUGGAGAUACAAAAAAGUUUAGUACCUUUAAACCGUGAAUUGUUGGUUCGUUUGAACUCAAGCUGGAACACCUAUUGUCACCAUUUAACAGUUAUUCGAACUGUAUUUAUGGCCUUAGAUCGUACUUACAUAUUGCCCAAAACAAAAUUUCAAUCUAUCAUUGAAUUAGGAAAGGGCAUUUUUAGUAAAAACAUUAUGGAUAUUGAAGAAUUUCGUAAUGUAGUUGUAGCCGAAGUAUUGCAGUUGAUUAAACUUGAUAGAGAUUCUAAAAUAGUAGAUGUAAAGUUGAUUCAUGAUAUUUUACAAAUUAUGAUUGAAUUAUCCUAUUAUUCAAGUGAUUUUGAGAAUCGAUUCUUGACGAGUACCAACAAUUAUUAUAAGGAAGAAGCCAAUGAACUUAUUAAUGCUUUAUCUGUUUCGGACUAUAUUCAACAUGCUUCUAUACGUCUUCAAGAAGAAUCUCAAGAUCGCAUUCAAAAUUAUUUAGAUAACCGCACUAAACGAAGUUUAACUCAUGCAGUUGUGGAUCAGCUCAUCUAUAAAAAGGCAUCUAAAAUUAUUGAAAAGGGAUUUAACAGCAUCCUUGAUAACAAUUUAGUUGAACCUCUUAAAUUGUUUUAUGAGUUAUUAGGACAAAGUGAAGAAAUGAAUUUACUGCGUAAAGCGUUUGCUGAUUAUAUAAAAAGACAAGGAGCUGCUCUAAUCAAAGAUCCUAAAAAUGAUCCAACUAUGAUCCCUUCCUUAUUGAAAUUUAAAAAGAAGAUGGAUAGAAUAUUAGAAUAUUGUUUCCACCAUGAUGAAUCACUUAUGAAUGUAUCCAAGGAAAGCUUUGAAUAUUUUAUUAAUACACGAGGAAAUAAACCAGCUGAGAUGCUGGCUAAAUAUAUUGAUUCUAGGCUAAAGAUCUCUAUAAAGAAACAACGUAUGAAUGUUACAGAGGUUGAUUUGGCAGUAUUGGAUAGUGCUUUAACUUUAUUUAGAUAUAUUCAAACAAAAGAUACAUUUGAAGCAUAUUAUAAAAGAUUUUUAGCAAAGCGUUUACUUUUAGAUCGUUCAAUAUCGCAAGAAACUGAAAAGCAUGUACUAGAGGUGUUGAAACUUGAAUGUGGACAUGAAUUUACAAAGAACUUUGAAAAUAUGUUUAAGGAUAUUCAAGUCUCGAAUGAUUUAGCUAUUGCUUUUAAAGAUUAUGAAAAGCACCAAUCACGUAUGCCGAUGAAUGUGAAAGUCAUUGCCCAGGCCUUUUGGCCAACAUUUCCUGUUUCCAAAAUCAAGCUUCCUCCUAAUAUGCAAGCAAGUCAAAGAUUAUAUGAAGAGUUUUAUACAUCAAAGUUUAAUGGCAGAAAGUUAAAUUGGCAAAAUUCAUUAUCAUCGCUUGCAAUUGUUGCACAUUAUCCCAAGGGUAACAAAGAGAUUGUGUUAAGCUUAUUGCAAGCUAUAAUUCUAUUAUUAUUUAAUGAUACACGUAAAAAAUUAUAUACAUUUUCUGAAAUACAAGCUGCCACUGGUUUAGAAAAUAAGGAUCUAAGUAGUUUAUUAGCAUCACUUUCAACUGAAACUUAUCCAUUAAUCAAAAAAACAACAUCAACAACAUCAACUAUUACUCCACAAGAUAGCUUUCAGUACAAUUUAGAGUUUGAAUCACCUAAUGUCCGAAUAAGAAUACCAGCGGCCGUAUUUGAACAAGCAACAGAUGAACACAAAGAAGUAGAAGAAAAGGUUCAAGUAAAUCGAAAGCAUCAAUUGGAAGCUGCUAUUGUUCGAAUUAUGAAAGCCAAAAAGACAUUAAGUCAUAGUGCACUUAUUAAUGAAAUAUUUACUCAAAUGAAAUAUCCAGUUGAUGCAAACGAUAUUAAAAAAAGAAUUGAAGCAUUGAUAGAACGUGAUUAUUUAGCUCGUGACAUAAAUGAUAACUCGCUUUAUAAUUAUAUAAGUUAAUAAUUAUAUUAUAUAAUAAAAAUUAUUUGUUAAAUAUCAUAAACAUGUAUACAAAAAAAAAAAGAACUAUCAUAAAGCAAUUCAUUUUU